GCCCCCUUUUCUUGGGCAGAAAAAUGAACACAAAUAGGUCCUUGCCUAGUCUAAAGCUAGCUAGAGUGGCCGGAGGGAAAACAGGAACCCUCGUCUCGCUGUCAUUUCCACUGCUUUAUGCUGUGCCCUCACCUUCUUCCCGCCCUCAUUUCCGUUGUGUCGGAUGACGGCUGCGCUAGGACCCUAAAACCUAGGUCUCUGGUUGCUGGGGAACGCCAUUUCACUGCACACCCUCCCCCGCCCCUCGUGCGGCUCAAACCAACCAGUAAGAAUGAAAAUCUGCAGUCUGUGGGCGGGACGUCUCCGAAGGAGCCCAAUGGAAGGAGCCCAACGGUAGUCCUGAGGCUCUCAGCGCUCGGCCAAUCACGCCACGAAGGGGGUGGGACCUCCUGCCCGUACUUGCCUCCCAGGAGCCCCGGCGAGCGGCCAGGCAAGGUCGCAGGUUGUGAAUCCAUGUGGCGGGGGUUGUGGACCUUGCAGGCCCGGGCAGCACGUGGGCUUCUCAGACUCUGCUCGCGCCACGGCAGCGGCGUUCCGGCCCCCGGCUCUGGAGCCACCAUCUUCGCGCUGAGCUCCGGCCAAGGCCGCUGCGGCGUCGCUGUGAUUCGGACCAGUGGCCCGGCCAGCGGACCCGCCCUCCGGGGCCUCACAGCGGGCCGGGACCUGCCCCCGGCCCGUAGCGCCAGCUUGCGCCUGCUCAGCGACCCGCGCUCCGGGGAGCCGCUGGACCGUGCACUGGUGCUGUGGUUCCCAGGUGAGACCAGCUCCCGAAGCCCCUGUAGCUUCCUAUUGUCUGGAGUCCCCACUUCGGGCGUGUGCUCAGGCUGUGGUCUCCCUGGACUCCUCCCUGUCUCUCAUCUAGGUCCCCAAAGUUUCACGGGCGAGGAUUGCGCGGAGUUCCACGUACACGGAGGCUUUGCGGUGGUAAGCGGAGUUCUGCAGGCUCUGGGUGGUGUGCCAGGGCUGCGGCCUGCAGAGGCGGGCGAGUUCACCAGGCGGGCGUUUGCCCGCGGCAAGCUGAGCCUGACCGAGGUAGAGGGCCUGGCAGAUCUGAUCCACGCGGAGACAGAGGCGCAGAGGCGGCAGGCCCUGCGGCAGCUGGACGGGGAGCUGGGCCGCCUGUGCCACGACUGGGCUGAGACCCUCACCACGGCUCUGGCCCAUGUGGAGGCCUAUAUCGACUUCAGUGAAGAUGACAACCUGGAGGAAGACGUCCUGGAGCGAGUGGACAGCUCAGUAAGGGGACUGGAGGCCGCACUGGGUGCACAUCUCCGAGAUGCACGGCGAGGGCAGAGGCUCCGUUCUGGGGCGCACGUGGUGGUUGCGGGACCUCCCAACGCUGGCAAGAGUAGCCUGGUGAACUUGCUCAGCCGGAAGCCUGUGUCCAUCGUGUCCCCUGAGCCAGGGACCACCCGUGAUGUGCUGGAGACCCCUGUGGACCUGGCCGGGUUCCCGGCACUGCUGAGUGACACAGCAGGGCUGCGCGAGGGUGUGGGGCCUGUGGAGCAGGAGGGUGUCAGACGGGCCCGCGCGAGGCUAGAGCAGGCUGACCUCAUUCUGGCCGUGCUGGAUGCCUCUGACCUGACCUCCCCCUCCAGCUGCAACUUCCUGGACUCGGUUGUGGCUCACUUAGCAACCCAGAGCACCAAUGAGAGCAGCCAGCGCCUCCUGCUGGUGCUGAACAAAUUGGACCUACUGUCAUCGGAGGGCCCAGGGCUCAGUCCUGACUUGCCUCCCCACCUGCUACUGUCCUGCCUGACUGGGGAGGGGCUGGAGAGCCUCCUGGAAGCCCUGAGGAAGGAGCUGGCUGCAUUAUGUGGGGACCCAUCCACAGGCCCACCACUUCUGACACGCGCAAGGCACCAGCAUCACCUCCAGGCCUGCCUGGAUGCCCUAGGCCACUACAAGGAGGCAAGAGACUUGGCCUUGGCAGCCGAGGGGCUGCGGGUCGCCCGGGGGCACCUGGCCCGCCUCACGGGGGGAGGGGGCACUGAAGAGAUCCUGGAUGUCAUCUUCCGGGACUUCUGUGUGGGCAAGUGAGGGACAGUGAAUCCUGAUGGGCACCACAGGGUGGAGACCAAGGCUCAGACCCUGGCUGGGCAGAUGCCCAGAAGCCUUCAGCGGUCUGGGAAUAGCUUAAGACAAGUGGAAUUCUCAUUCAGCCGAGGAAGAGCUUGAUACCAAAACAGGGAAGCAAACAGCUGCCUUCAUAGGUAAAGUGUUCCAUGUUGCUAGUGGUAACCAGGUUGUGGCCAGCCAGAUUCCCUUGCAGAGACUAGCUGGGCAUUUGGGCCCUGGAGUGGGGCUGAACAGAAGUCCCUUUUGAGUGCCAGACACUGGGGGAGUAGGAAUGGAGAGUUGGGAUUGUGGCGGGGCGGAUCUCAGGAUUUUGUUUGCUUUGUAGUUUUUAAUUUAUUUUGCAAAUUCCAAAGGAAUGUAAAUAUAAAACAGUGGGAGUAGCAUCAGAACCUGUGUAAACUUCACAGGAGUAAUGACCAGGAUCAGCCCAAAGUUGAUCCCUGUGAGGUAGAGGUGAGACAUACCUCCACUCCAAACUUUUUACCAAUUCUGACACCAGCCAGCCCUCUCUCCUCUUCUGGGUUUGAUAAUCCAUUGCAAUGGCCAAAGAGAACUCACAGACCUUACUUACAGUUAAAUGGCUUAUUAAGGAAGCAACAGGGUACAAUUUAGGAUCAACAGGGUACAACUCAGGGUCAGGAAACAUGCAGGCAAGGUCUGGAAGUCUCCCCUGAAUUGGAGAGCAUAUCCCUCCCUUCUUCGGUACAGGACAGCUCUCUCAGCUCCUCUUGGCCAUGCAAGCAAGCAGGCCCUUCUUUCUGCUAUGCACGCCCCCUUAGGACAGGCCUCCCUGCUGUCAGCUUCUCCACUGGUUCAGUGACCCAGCUCAUAGCCAGUGUAGAGUUUUGUUCAGCUCUCUUAGCUGCAUUCCUAGUCGCAGGUUUCUGCCAUCACCCUCUGUGAGGUUGGUUCCGUAGAAUUCAGCUCCUCAUCAAUUUCAAGGCAUAGCCCUCCUGCCAGCCCCCUCUUGGUAGGCCAUAGAUCCUUCAUUUGCAUAGUAUAUUGACCAAUCCCUGCAAGGUGCAUACCAAUCACAGGGCAGGCGGUAGCCCAGGACCAGACAAAAAGUAUCAAACCAUCCCUGUUCACAGCUUGCCCAGGAAAUGUCAAUCAACCUGAACAAAGUAACAAACCCUCUGGGGUAGAAAACUAGGGCAAAGGUAACUCCUUAGGGCUUAGGGGAAAAAUCUCUCCAACUAUUUCCAAAGAACUAAGGUAAAAGGCCCCGUAAAGGAACUCAUUUCACCACAGUAAAAAACUCAGGUGAUGCUGAAAUGUUUAAACAUGGAAAACUCCCUCAUCUCCUCUCCAGGGGUCACAGCGUAAUAUGUCUUUCCAGAACUUUCUCUGCACAUUUACACAUUUGUGAAUGCACCUUUCAAAUAUUUGUCUUGUGUUAUAUAAUGAGAGUGUUUAUUACUGUACAAGUAGCCAUUUCUUUUUAAACUUAAAAAAAUUCUUAUUUUUUAUCGUGAUAAAAUAUAUAUAACAAAAACUUGCCAUUUUAGCCAUUUUAUGUGUACACUUCAGUGACGUUAACUACAGUCAACCUGUUGUACAGCUGCCACCACUAUUUCCAAAGGUUUUCCAUCACACCAAACUAAGACUCAGUGCCCCUGUAAAGAUGGCCUGGCGGAGGUGUCUGACCUACUCUAACUUCAUGAGGGGGAAGGAGAAUCAAAAUCAACAGCGCAAAGCUGGUUUCUAUGAGGCUGAGACACCGCCACCGUCCAACCUUUUUACCAAUUCUGACACCAACUGUCCCUCCCAUGGUACUCUCUACUUCUCUGCUAGGUUCCAUAAUUUGUUGCAAUGGCCACACGCAACUCAGGAAAUAUAGUAGUCUCCUCUUACCCGUGGUUUUGCUUUCCGUGGUUUCAGUUAUUGCAGUCAAGCACAGUCCAUAAACUUCUGAUUAUGAUGUUCUUCCAAAAGGUUUUGGAAAAAAAAAAAAAACCCUUCUAUCUAGUAUCCCCAACCGUCAACAUCAUGGCUUGAGGAUCCUUCUUUAGCGGUACCAUCAGAAGGUCAAUAGUAACCUAAUGCUGUCACAAUGCCUACAUCAUUAAUCUCGAAACAUAGGCAUUUUUUCAUCUCACAUUAUAAGAAGAAUGGUGCAUACAGUACACUAUGAUUUUGAGUGAAAGACCACAUUUCCAUAAUUUUUAUUACUGUAUAUUAUAGUCAUUCUAUUAUUGUUAA